AUGGCUUCCCCGUCCAGUUCGCCCAGGCUGCCCAGCCCGCCGCCCAUCGCCGAAGACCAGAUCUCGCCCAGCGCAGGUCUCGACAGUGAAGAGAGGAUGCUGGGAGCUUCACACAAGGCCGAUGUCGACGCACAGAGGAGGAUCAGGCCUGGUACAAAGGCUGAGGACAUGCAAGAAGGACCCCCACUGGUCGAGCUCCAACAAAUCGAUUCAGCGUUCCAACUGACCGAGCACCUCAAAGCCCUGCACAAUGAACACACGCAAUCAUGUCGUAUCGCCAUAGACAAAGCCAUGGCGCAAUCGCUUGCCCAACCACCACCCGGAGUCGACCGUGGAAUCUGGUUCGAGUGGCAGUACCUCUGCGCCGCCCACGAACCUCCCAAGUCAUGUUGCGCCAUCGACUAUUGCUGCCAUACUCUCGACUGGUGCGCAACCGCCUUGACAUCUACCAAGCUCUUCCCCAGCAGACUCGGCCUGGGCACUGAGACGCUCUCGGCUCAAGCGCAGAUCCGUAAAAUGACCGAAGUCUUCCGCCGUGUAUAUCGCAUCUUCGCCCAUGCCUGGUUCUCGCACAGAGACGUCUUCUGGAGAGUCGAAUCCAAGACGGGCUUGUACCUGUUGUUCAAGACUGUCUGCGACGAGUAUCGCUUGAUCCCCGAAGACAACUACACCAUACCGCCCGAGGCCGAGGGCAUCGAGACCACUCCUGUCGCUACUCGUGCUGCUCCCACCGUUUUGCAGAGAGACUCUGCUGAUUCAGAGCCUGUCGGAAACGCCACGCUUGCUACAGGAAAUACCACAAAGAGACACAGACACACCAUGAGCCACGAUCGAUCUGUGUCUGUUUCGACUGUUAUCCACGAAGAGGUUGAGGAGGAUGAAGACCCUGAACAACCCACUGGACAUGGUCCUCUCCUGCUCACACGAGUCGAGACUGCCCGCCACGAAGAAGAAGCCGCUGCCCGACAAGCACAAGAACAGGAGAAGGAACCAGAAAUACCUGCAGAAGAUCCUCCACCUUAUGCAGAAGAGUCUGCUGCAGAGCAAUCCGAGAAGACACAACCGCAAGAAGAAGAAUCGACCUCAAACCUCGAGACUGACGCUGGGGAAGCUUCCACAUCAAAGUCCACGCCAGAUGAUGAAACGGGAGACGAACAAGAGACAAGUGAAUAUCCAUCAAGCGAUCCACCUUCGUACGCAGAGAUAGCUUCGGCUGCCAGUACAUCGGAAACAGCAAACGAUACUCCCUCCACCUCUGCCGCCAGUGAGGAGCCGGCCACAGAUCCAGCAUCUCCUAUAGAGGCAGAAUUGACAGAGACAUCCGUACAGAACGCGACUGAAGACACGAAGACGGAAGAGUCAGAGCUUGAAGCCGAGACAGAGACUACAGAAGUGCCAAAGGAGUCUGCAAUUCAGGCCGAGGUCGAAGCUGCUCCCGAGCCCGCAGAGGUUGCCGAAGCAGAUGCUGCGGAUGAGACGGAGGCUACAAAGACUGUCGCCGACUGA